AUGAACGUGAUUGCCCAACAUCGCCCAAAAGUGUCUCCCGAAAGGGAUCCUUCGACUUUGUCCAACUACUACAACUUUAAAGUGCAUCACACGACACUCGCCUUUGAGGUUGACUGGGAGAAGAGGAUUCUUCACGGAAGCAGCACGAUCGAGUUGGAGGCAACGACAAAUGUGUCAGAAAUACACUUGGACACGUCUUUUUUGGAUUUUGGAAGUGCCGCUAUCAAUGGUGAAAAUGCACAAUUCAAGUUUGGCGAACAAGGUAUCUUGGGUUCCGUGUUGCAGAUCGUGUGUGGGUCUGAGAUCCCUUUGGGCACCAAGUUCUCCUUGGAGCUCAAAUGGAACACCACAGAGAAGUGUACAGCAUUGCAAUUCCUCGAUAAGAAUGCCACUGACGGCAAGAGGGAGCCCUACUUCUUCUCUCAGUGCCAGGCCAUCCACGCCAGAAGUCUUCUCCCAUGUUUCGAUACUCCUGCUGUGAAGUCGCCUUACACUUUCUCUGUCAAGUCAUCGCUUCCAGCCUUGAUGAGCGGCAGACCAGCAGGUGUAGAAGGAAACAAGUACAAGUUUGAGCAGCCUAUUCCUAUUCCAUCGUACUUGGUUGCAAUUGCUUCAGGUGACAUCACCAAGUUGCCAAUUGGGCCUCGUUCUCACGUCUACUCCGAGCCCAGCCGUGUUGGAGCUUGUCAGCACGAGUUUGAGCACGACAUGGAGAACUUCUUGCAAGAAGCAGAAAAUUUGGUGUUCCCAUACGAGUGGGAUCAGUACGAUGCGUUGGUCUUGCCUCUGAGCUUCCCAUAUGGAGGCAUGGAAAACCCAAACGCUUCUUUCGUGACGCCUACCUUGAUCAGCGGCGACAGACAAAAUGUCGAUGUGAUUGCGCACGAGCUUGCCCAUUCGUGGUCUGGUAACCUCGUCACAAACUGCUCAUGGGAGCAUUUUUGGCUUAACGAGGGCUGGACCGUUUACUUGGAGAGACGUAUACAAGCAGCCAUCCAUGGGGAAGCCACAAGACACUUCUCUGCCAUCAUUGGAUGGUCUGAUUUGGAGAACAGCAUAAAGGCUAUGGGCGAUAACGCUGGGAGGUACUCGACAUUGGUACAAGACUUGAAGGACAGAAGUGACCCGGACGACGCCUUCUCUACUGUGCCAUACGAAAAGGGCUUUAAUUCAUUGUUCCUUAUCGAGAAGAAGGUUGGCGGAACUAAGGUGUUUGAUCCUUUCAUUCCUUACUACUUCAACAAGUUCAAGUACUCAUCGCUAGACACAUACCAGUUCAUCGACACCCUUUACGAUUUUUUUAAGGACCACAAGAAGCAGCUUGAUAAAAUUGACUGGGAGCUGUGGCUUUACAAGCCCGGAAUGCCGCCAGUCAAGCCAGAAUUCGAUACCACCAUGGUAGACCAGUGCUACAAUUUGGCGGACAAAUGGGUGAAUGCUGUCAAGAAGGGAGAAGACUUGCUGCUGAUUUUUAGGCCUUCCGACAUUGAGGUUUUCACUGCCAAUCAGUCAGUUGUAUUCUUGGACACCUUAGCCUCCUUUAAUAAGCUCGACAACUUCCAGUGGAAGCAUCACCAAGAUGCCUUGCACGUGAUAGACCAAGUAUACAGCGCAUACUCCAACUCAUCUAACGCUGAAGUAUUAUUCCGCUGGUUUGUGUUGCAAGUUGGUGGAGAGAACAGGAAGUUUUACGACAGAUUAGGUCAGUGGUUGGGCACCGUGGGCAGAAUGAAGUUCGUCAGACCCGGAUACAGGCUCUUGGAUACGGUGGACCAUGAACUUGCUGUCAAAUACUUCCAUCAAUUUGAGUCUGGGUACCAUCCGAUUUGCAGAGCCAUGGUGAAGAAAGACCUUGGGUUAUAA